AAAAAACAGAAGUGUGUAUAAAACAUUUUGGCUUGAGAGUUGUAACCUUAGGAGAAACAUAAGGAAACAUGUCGGGAGGAAUUGCGCGUGGUCGUUUGGCUGAGGAGAGGAAAGCAUGGCGUAAGAAUCAUCCUCAUGGUUUUGUGGCAAAGCCGGAGACUGGUGCUGAUGGGUCUGUCAAUUUGAUGGUUUGGCAUUGCUCUAUCCCUGGUAAACCUGAUACUGACUGGGAGGGCGGUCACUAUCCACUAACAAUGCACUUCAGUGAAGACUAUCCAAGCAAACCCCCUAAGUGCAAGUUUCCUCAAGGUUUCUUUCAUCCAAAUGUCUAUCCUUCAGGAACAGUAUGUUUGUCUAUCCUCAACGAGGACAGUGGGUGGAGGCCAGCCAUUACAGUUAAACAAAUUUUGGUGGGUAUCCAAGAUUUGCUCGACCAGCCAAAUCCUAAUGAUCCAGCACAAACUGAUGGUUAUCAGCUCUAUAUGCAGGACACAGCUGAGUACAAGAGGCGAGUGAAGCAGCAGGCUAAGCAAUAUCCAGCUCUACUCUAGUUUUAUCUGCUUUAAGACUGUGAUUAAACUUGACUAUGGGCAACUUCCUUUUGAUUGUAGCAACGUCAAUAGUCCUCAUUGACAUAUUAGCUGCGUGGGUAACUUUGGGCGCUUAGCUUGUUUAUGAUUCAGAGAUGCAUGUAGUUGGAGUCUGCAACAUGAAAUUGCUUUCUUUUGUUUCUUAUUACUUUGGAAUUGUACAAAAACAGUGUUUUUAUCAAAAUUUGUCUCCUUUACUUAC